AUGCUCUCACAUAUUGCCAAAUUAUUCGAAUCAAUUAUACUUAAAGAAAUUCAACCAAGUGUCAACCGAGUGUUAAUGGAGAAACAUGAUUUCCGGCUAUGCCGUUCUACUGCAACCUGUAGUGCAGUCUUUUGUAAUUAUAUAUUUGAAGCAUUUAAAGGUCAUUCGGACUUUCAUCCAAUUCGAUAUUCGGUCAUUUGGGAUCCUAAUAUUGCAAAUAAUGAAAUAAUGCUUGAGUAAGUUCAAAAUAAAUUUUUAAAAUAUGUCAGUUAUGUAUUUAGGAUUGAAUUUCCUCCUCAUAAUUAUUCACCAGUACUUGAGCAUCUCAAACUUGAUUCAAAGUAG